GUCCUCUGCCGUCGAUCUCUCCUUCUUGGUAGAUCUUUUCCGUCCUGUGCCCUGAGUCCCCAUGUCUCCUCAAACGCUCAUCCACUCCCGGCAGAGAAAAGUCACUUCGCGGUCCGACAGCUCACCGAAUCCGAACAGAGCGGCAGCUAGCUAGCGGAUCUCAUGUGCCGCUAAAAUGUUCAAGUUAAAGACGGGGCGAUAAAAACAAAGCGUGUCCGGUGGCGCUCGCAGAAUGGGUCAUUGUCUCGUAUCCGUUGUUCACACUUCUUCCUGUGUUUCUGGAACGACGCACAAACUCGCGACGAAGUGAUUCAAACAGUCGGUGACUGGCGGCGUCUGCCCCACGUGCGCCUCUGAUGCGUUUACGAGCAAACCGGGUCGGAACCGUUUCAGCGUGGCUUCACACUGUCCGUUUAAACCGUGUCCGCGACCGUCUGUCACUCUACGAAAAUAAAACAAACACCGGCAUUUGAACAAAAACAUUAACUGUAUCUUAACUACGGUUAUUAAACUAUUUUUAACGGCCUCGUGGUAAUCCAGCAGCCGUUCGGCUCCUCCAGCGGACGGAUUUACAGCAUCAGAGUCGGACCUGUCACACUGACGAACUUCAAACACGGCACUCAAUCAAGCUGCCUUCAAGUGAUGUCGGACAUAUGAGCACAAUGGAUACUCUGGGGAAUUUGGCAAUUAACCACACUGAUGAAUCAGGAGGCAUAUUUGAACCUGAAUUACUAAUGGAAAGGAAAGUAGAAAGAUCUUUUCAAGUACCAGUACCACACUACAAGGUGAAGCUGGCACAUUUGCAGACUCUCACAACGACGAAGACGCAUUAACUCUUCCAGACGGUUUGGAGUAGCUGUCCGUUCUUAACAGGAAAAAGACCAGGACUCAGGACUCGAGGACCUUCUUUGACUUCAUCUGUCUUUGUCCACCUGCUUUCUCUCACUCUUUGGAUUUAAGAGAACUUUUGAUGGGGGAGAAUCUCCCAAGUGUGCCAGGAGGAGCUCAGCUCCAGAGGGACACUUUGUGCAGAGCAGUGCGGACCCUCAGGGUUAAGAUGGUGCUUCUGGGAAGCUCUGGUGUGGGAAAGUCCAGUCUGGCACUGCGAUUUAGCAAGGAUGAGUUCAGGAGCGCAUCGCCGACUGUAGGCUGUGCCUACCUGACCCAGGUGGUGCAUCUGAGUAACGUCACUCUACGCUUUGAGAUCUGGGACACGGCAGGGCAGGAGAAGUACCACAGCGUCACCCCACUUUACUACAGAGGAGCCCACGCUGCACUCCUGAUCUACGAUAUCAGCAAAAGGGAAACAUUUAUCAGAGUUCAGGUGUGGCUCAAAGAGCUUGAGAAACAGUACACCGCAGGAUCUGUUGUCAUAUGGCUGGUAGGCAACAAGGGAGAUCUGGCACAGGAUCGAGAAGUCUCAGUGCAGGAAGGACAGAGUCUGGCCAAUGACAGAGGCUUAUUCUUCACAGAGACGUCAGCGCUGUCAGGGGAUCAAGUCAGCGAGCUGCUGAUGGCUGUAGCCCACAGAGUGUACGAGCGUAAUGGAGCUCAGCAGGGAGGUCUGUCAGAGUGGCAGGAGACACCGCUGGUGGAUCUGCAUCGUAGACACAAAUUCAGUCCUGUUUCCUGCUGCAAAGUUGGACCCUAACCUCCGUGAGGCUCAGUCGUAUCGCUGCCUGUCCUCGUUUAUGUGUCUGUCUUCAUCAUCAUCUUCAUAAAGCUGCACGAGGCAACACAUGGGAUCAAAGAACUGGAUAAAAGGCUCGCAUUUAUCCUGCGAUGUGCAUCAUGGCAAAAUUAACCAAGGAAAACAUGUUCCGGUUAUUAUACUUCACCAUCAAUAAGUAACUGAGGCUAAAAUCUGUUCACGAUUAUACAGGACCAGUCUUUGGUGCUACACUUCUGCUCGACAGGGAUCUUUCCACAGCAGCUUCAGUUGUACUGCUGAUUUUCCUCAGUGGUUUCAAACCCCUCAGUCUCCGUCUCUGACAGAUGUUGAACUGAAACCAGUUAUUUCCAUUCAGUGUCUCCUGCCUUACGCCUAUAUGCCUGUAAUAAAACUGAGCAUAGAUCAGUUCAGAUGAGUGCGGUUCUCCAGAUUCCUUUUUUUUUUUUUUACACGAGAGACCCUGUCAAGUCUAAUAACAAUAAAAUAGUAUUUUGACAGUUGAGAGUAUUUCCACUGUGCAAAUUACAUUCUGCUGGUCUGGAGAAAUGAUUUGAUUUGCGUCUGGCAAGCAGAGUCACAGAAAUACUGAAAGUGAACUCAGUUACAUAACUUUAAUGUAGAAGAAAGAACUCAAGAUGUGUAAAAUAUUCAGCUUUUUACCAGGUCUUUGUCUUAGUGCUGGCUCUUCCGCUCUGACAUCGUAUGGUUAAACUGAACCAGUGAGAUUGUUAUUUUUGAAGUAUAAAUUAUUUAACAUUUUAGUAAAUAUAUCCCAUGUAUUUGCUUUCUGUAGAUAUUUGGUAUCUCAUUCAUGUCCGUGCAUUAAAGGACCAGUGUGUAGAAUUUAGUGGCAUCUAGUGGUGAAAUUGCAACCAACUCAAUGCUCCUCGCCUCACCCUCUCCUGGUGACAAAAACCCUGAAAAAAACAGACCCUCUCUGGUGCCAGUAUUUGGUUUUUCCAUUCUGGACUACUGUAGAAACACGGUGGUGGACUCUGUGGACGAGGACCAGCUCCCUCUGUAGAGCUAAAGAGCUCAGCCAAAGGUAAUGAAACACAACAGUUCUUACUUUAAGAUGAUUAUACGCUAAUGAAAACAUACUUAUGAAUAUUAUAUUAUCUCUGCCAAUAGAUCCCUCUAAAUCCUACACACCAGACCUGUAAGUAUGGAGUAUGUCAGGAUGUGUUAAGCGAGCCUGGCUCCAGAUCUCUGAGUCCUCAUGUCCGAUUUGAUUCACACAAAAUGAAUUAAUUACAACAAAACGGCAAUUCAGCUAACGUGCAGCCUAGCUUAGCAUAGAAACGAAGCAGGGCGGGACAGCUAACCUGGAUCUGUCCAAGGUGAAAACACAGCUACAGACUCCGGUGAAGCUAAAUAACUGCACGGAAACAGAAACGUAAAGAGAGAGUUUAUAGUUUUAGGGGGAAUUGUGUGCUGGAACUGUUUCCUGACAAACAGCAGCUCUGAGUCUCGUCACUGGAGCGUCCAGGUUUUGAACCUUUGCUAAAGCAUGUGCUCACUGACUGUGUCUGCAGCUCGAGAUGUUGAACAGAAGAGCUGAGCUGAUGUUCGUCAAGAAAGCUUCAACACCGAACGGCCCAAAUCAGACAUGUUGUUUUUACGUUUUUGGUUUUAUGCAGAUCAAAAAAAGGAGAUUUAGCAUUAAUUAGUCAGCUUCAAAGAUGGUUUUUGUGCCUUUUUUAGUUUGGAUAAUUGUUCAGUCUUUAUGCUAAGCUAGGCUAAACACAUUCCAGCUCUGUGCUUAACACACAGACAUUAGGUGCUUAAGAUGAAACAAAAGUACUUCUUCUUUUCUCAUGUCAGAAAAAGUCUCUGAUAACAUUUUUUAUAGUUGCAUAACUUCUGUACGUGUUCCAGGACGUGUCGCUGUUGCAUAUUUUUUUUCUGAUACAAUGAUUUGUAAAAAUGUGCUGCAAAGGAAUCUGCUGUGCUUUGGAUGAAACUCUCUAUGACUGACAACAUGAUCAUAAAUAAACGCUGUCCCAACGCUGUAAUAACAGCAGGAUUUAAAAGACUCUGCUGGCGUCGGGUAAAAUAGUAUUUCUGUUUGCUUUUGGCCAGCUGGAGCCUCCAUAUCAGUAACUUCCACCCCUGCAGUCAAUCACUUGCUCUUUGCACAAUAUUCUCUCAUGUGUUCUGCAUCCACGCAACAGUUUUUCUCCUUGUGUGAACUUUUUACUACCUCGUGAUUUAAAACGUUGCUGAGAAGAUGAUCGUCACUGAAACGAGGCUUUCUUGUGCUGAUUGAAACCAAGCUCCUGUAGGGCCUGGGGGGCUGCUGGCCCUCGUUUGAUUUGGAUGCAUCACAGAAACAAAGAAAUGCCUCACGCUGAGUAGAUGACAUGGAGUAAGAAUAAAAUGGUUUGGUUGUCAUUACGAGAAUAUAAAUCUUGUUAGUGAAACGAAACCAUCAGUGUGGCUGUUUCACAGAGUCGUUUUCUUCAUUUGAAACUGUUGAGCUAUAAAUAAAAGCAAUAUUAUAUAUUAUUAUUAUUAUUCUAAGGACGCAGAGUGAUGUUAACUAAUGCUGAAGUUUUUCUGACUCUGAAGUUAUGAAAUGUAGUGAGGCAGUAAGAAGCAACACAUGCACUGAAAAGCUCUUUAAAUGUUGUUUUCAGUUAUGUUAAUAUUGGUGGAAUUUAACAGUAAGUACAAAUUUGAGGUACUUGUACUUUUGUGCUUCUUUAUGCUUCUAUUCUGCUACGUCUCAGAGGUAAAUGUACUUUUUUCUGACAGUUUUAGAUUACAAUUUUUCAUCCCAUCAUUUGAAUGCAGGACUUUUACUUUUACUUGUCGUAUUUUCACAUAUUUUGUGGUAUUGAUACUUUUACUUGAGUAAAUGAUCUGAACACACAUGUUUAUCCAUGAAGGAGGAAACAUGACAUCACAUUUGUUUCAUAAAUAUUGUUUUUAUAUUGGAAACGUUUGCAGUUAUUAUUUCAUUAGAAUAAAGUGUUUGUUCAGAACUAAAAAGAAAUAGAGAAUAAAAACAUACCGUCCCCUUUGCUGUUUAUCCACUGAUACAUGCAUCUUCAUACAGUUCAAGUUUUACAGUUGAGGUAGCCAAAGGCUGAAAAAAGUGUGUGUGGUGUGUCACAGGUGAAACUGAAAGUCACAAAGGCUGAAGAACUUGAUUUAUAAUUUAUGCAGCUGAUUAUCAACUUGUUUCUCUGAACGGCUGCAUCACAUCGCAGCCGGGAGUCAGCCAUCAAGCUCACUGCUGCAAUGCUUUUCCUCCCUCUGCAUCCAGCGUGGAGUUUAAACUAUGUAUAACGUUGCAUUCUGACUUUAUUCUUUCAUGUAGCUCAUUUAAUUUGUAUAUGAAGCUAUUUCUAUAACUUUCUAUGACUAUAACAGAUCUUCAUAGAUUUUUCUUAUUGGCAACAUGUUUUAAAAGGAAGUUUCUUCCAUCUUUGCCCUCCUAAAAGUAGCUAUGAUCCUGUGUUGGAGAAAACAUCUUUACAUAACGUUUACAGAAAAUGAGCUAUGUAAAAUGUAUGAAACCCUUAAAUCUAAAUUCUUAAUAAAACCCCCACAAAUGAACAAAACCAAUGUGAACAUUGAACAAUGAGUAGAUGUUCAGUCAUCCACAGCGUUUCUAGCGUGUGAUCCAAACGCUGCUUUUGCUGUCAGCUGUUGGUCUGCAAACUUCGGCUGUGAUGAAAGCCAGAUGCUCAUUUCUUCUCGCUUCGAUAACUUUCGGCCAAAUCUCCCCACUGGUCUGAUGCCU